UGCACAAUCGUUUCACUACCGUCGCGUCGGUGACUCGUGCAGUGUGAGCGUGAAUGCAGUGUGCGUUCGCGUCGAAACGUAAAACAACACAAUAAUUAUAAUAUAAUAAUAAUAAUAUAACGUCGGAAACACGUCCGCACGCGACGUUUAAACGUUAUUGCAGUAAUUCGGUAUUCUCCUGGUUUUUUUUUUUUUUUUUAAAUUUUCUUUCGGUAUUUUCGGUUUUUCUCUUAUCUCUUCUAUACGUAAUAUAAAAGAUAAUUUGUGGUCGACACGCGAGUCGCUAAGGUUCGCCACACGUAUACGACGAAAACGACGACGACGACAUGGAUGACAAGGAUAAGAUACGGAGGAUGUUCAGCUGGAGCUCAAGCCUAGAAGGGAACGAAGAAUCGGGCGGCGUUAAGGCAACGAUGACGUCCGGCGUGGGCAGUUCUCCGGACGUGGUGGCCAUGGAGCCCCGGAACGGCGGCGGUAGCGUCAGCGUGGGAUUAGCGGACGGCGGCGGCGGUAUCGUCAACCCCGCGUUUCAACCGCCUUCGUUGCUCAGCCAACAAAGCACAGUGUGGACUCGCCGCCAGCAGGCCGUUUGCGUCCGACACGCGUUCAAGCACUACGGUUCCUCGAGCAAGCCGAACCACGUGCUCAGCAACCUCAACAUGACGGUCGCUAAAGGCACAAUAUAUGGACUGCUGGGAGCUAGUGGUUGCGGAAAGACGACAUUGCUCAGCUGCAUUGUUGGCCGGAGGCGGCUUAACACUGGACAGAUAUUUGUGCUCGGAGGAAAGCCCGGAACAAAAGGAAGCGGAGUGCCCGGAAAACGCGUUGGAUACAUGCCUCAGGAAAUAGCUCUAUAUGGAGAGUUUUCCAUCAAAGAGACAAUGAUGUAUUUCGGUUGGAUAUUUGGUAUGGAAACGUCGGAAAUCAAUGACCGACUUCAAUUCCUUUUGAACUUCUUAGAUUUGCCCAGCCAGUCUAGAUUGGUGAAAAAUCUUAGUGGUGGUCAACAAAGAAGAGUUUCAUUCGCUGUGGCUCUUAUGCACGAUCCGGAACUAUUGAUUUUAGACGAACCUACGGUCGGUGUAGACCCGUUACUGCGUCAAAGUAUUUGGAAUCAUCUGGUUCAGAUCACAAAAGAUGGACACAAAACAGUUAUUAUCACUACACAUUACAUCGAGGAGGCUCGGCAAGCGCACACUAUCGGUUUAAUGAGGAGCGGAAGGUUAUUGGCCGAAGAAUCUCCACGUGCAUUACUGUCUAUGUAUCACUGUCAGUCAUUAGAGGAAGUGUUUUUAAAACUGAGUAGAAAACAAGGAACGGACGGACAACCGCAGGAAACGCCAGUUAAUAUAUCGAACAACAUUUCACUCGCUACGUUGAACUGGGGUAAGAAGGACGAACCUGUUUACGUAACUGAAGAGAGCGGCGUAGUAGGCUUGAACUUCCACCAAUCGAAGGAGGUGCUUGCUCAAGAGCAGUCAAAUGGCAUAAACGGUAAAUUGGCGGAGAUGCAAAUGAUGGAGCCACAAUACGAUUCUAGUUGUUGUGAAAUCACUACUCGAGGAAAAACAAAGGCAUUGUUGCAAAAGAACUUUUUGAGAAUGUGGAGAAACGUUGGAGUGAUGUUGUUCAUAUUUGCAUUGCCAGUGAUGCAAGUCAUACUUUUCUGUUUGGCCAUUGGUAGAGAUCCAACAGGCUUACAUUUGGCUGUAGUCAAUAAGGAAAUGGACUGGGAAACAAUGGAAUGUCCUGUUUACGAUAAUUGUACACUGAACAUGUUUUCGUGUAGGUACCUGAACGCUUUACCAAAAGACACCGUAGUAUUAGACUAUUAUGAGACCCCCGAGAAAGCUAUAAACGCCGUUAAGGUGGGCGACGCCUGGGGAGCACUUUACUUCACUGAAAACUUUACCGACGCACUCGUAGCACGAAUGGCGUUGGGCAGAGAAUCUGACGAAGAAACAUUGGACCAGAGCGAAGUGCGGGUGUGGCUUGACAUGUCGAACCAACAGAUCGGCUUGAUGUUGAACAGAGACUUGCAAUUGUCUUACAGAGACUUCGGACAAGGUUUGCUGUCGAGCUGUGACCAAAAUCCCAAACUCGCGGACAUUCCGAUUCAGUUCAAAGAACCAAUAUACGGCAGUAGUGACCCCAGUUUCACGGAUUUCGUAGCGCCUGGAGUUAUCUUAACAAUCGUUUUCUUCUUGGCCGUCGCACUCACGUCUUCGGCGCUGAUCAUCGAGAGGACUGAGGGUCUAUUGGACAGGAGUUGGGUUGCCGGUGUGACGCCGUUAGAAAUAUUGUUCUCCCACGUCAUCACGCAGUUCGUAGUCAUGUGUGGACAGACGGCACUUGUACUCAUAUUCAUGAUUCUUGUAUUCGGCGUGGAAUGCAAAGGAGACAUUACUCUUGUGAUCACCCUCACGAUAUUGCAGGGUCUGUGCGGCAUGUGCUUCGGUUUCGUCAUAUCAGCCAUAUGUGAACUAGAAAGAAACGCUAUCCAGUUGGCUUUGGGAAGCUUUUACCCGACACUUCUGCUCAGUGGAGUCAUCUGGCCGGUAGAGGGCAUGCCCAUCCUGUUGCGGUACGUCAGCUACUGUCUGCCGCUGACCAUGGCCACGACGUCACUGAGAAGCAUACUGACCCGAGGCUGGAACCUGCUGGAACCCGACGUGUACUUGGGCUUCGUGUCCACCAUCUCGUGGAUAGUGUUGUUCCUGUCCAUCAGCAUGGCCGUACUCAAGUUCAAGCGCGGCUAAGCGUCGACGCCCCCAAAGUCCCCCCUCGUCCCCGUCACCAACCGUCAUCCCGUCGUUCCGCCAGCACUCACGGGUCCCGUCGUCCCCGGACGUUUGAGCUAGAGUUUUCGUUAGCCCCCCCCCCUGGAGGUGGGUGCAAAUGGCCUGCACCGGAAACGAAUCCGUUCGGAAAAACGAGUACGCCGAUUUCGCCCUCCACCAGUUCCCACAAUGUAUCUACCCCCCUCUCAUAACGCCGCCCCCUCACGGAACCAUCGUGACGUGUAUAUUAUUCUAAUAACGAUUUCUUAGAUUAAAACGAUAAUAUUUGCUCAGCAUUCUUUUGUGACAUAAAUUAAUCAAAUUUACCGUCCAAAAUUAUAUUAUGUACAAUGUACGUGUGCGUAUGUCUGUGCGUGUGCGUGUGACGUCUCUACACAUGUGACGGAUUAAACACCAAGAACGCGCACGCAUAGGUAUAUACAUAUAUGUUUUUUUUUACCCAGUGACUUUUUAUUACUUAAUUAGGAUACAAUCUAGUAUUUAUAUAUAUUUUUUUUUUAGACAUAUAUAUAUAUUUAUAUGUGUGUGAAUAUUUUUUAUGUAAUCUACAUCACCCACGCGCAUAAUUAUUUCAAAAUAGUUAACAUUUGUGAGAUCGAAGGGCUGCGGAUCGUUUUCAAUAGAUUUCAAUUCAAGUGGCAUUAUCGGCGUAAUAAUAAUAAUAUUAAUGAAAUAUAAUAUUAUAUUGUAUAGGUAUUGUAGUGUUAUUUUAAUAGUACUCUCUACAUAAUAAUAUUGUAAAACAAAUCGACCGUUGCAUCAACGUCUACAGCCCUUCGGUGUAUUAUAUUAUUUUAAAAUACAUUUUGUGAUUGGUAAAUUACCGUUGUAGUUGUUUUAUUAAUAAGGCGAAAAUCGAUCGAUUCGCCGUUUCCGUACUUCUUUAUCGAAUCUUAUUAAUUAUUAUGUAUCCACUAUCCAUGUACUAUAUUAUUAUUAUAAUUAUUAUUAUUUUUAUUAUUAUUAUUAUUAUUAUUAUUAUUAAUAUUAAGGUCGUGGAAAAUUAACGUUAUUCUGGGCCGAUUUAUAUAAUCUUGCGCCUGUCAAAAAAAUAAAAAAUAAAAAUAGUAAUGAAAAAAUUAAAUUAAUAAAAAAUAGCAAACCAAAAAACUAGAUCGUUUUUCUUUGUGUGACGGGCGCUGCAGCUGAGGUCAGUAUAAUACAAUAUACUCACAACUAUUUUGUUUUUUAAUCGCAUAACGAACAGACAACAAUCAAUACACGACAUUUCAUUGUACCGCAGAAGAGAAUAAAGUAGCACUGUACGGCGGUACAUUUAUAAAAUAACACAACCGGACGUGCUUACUGUCAAAAAACGAGGACGCCAACCAAAGUCUAGUCGUUUUUUUUUUUUUUUAUCAUGAAUGCUGUGUAUAAUAUACCUAUAGACCGUGUGUAGGAGGAUGAUUUUUAUCGUCGUUGCCGAUAUCGUUUUUUAGAUUUUUAUUUCGAUAUAGCUCCGAGGACAACGACUGCAGGUCCUGCAGCUGCGGCGCCCCGGUGCAGGAAACCGCAUAUUAUUAUGCGACGGUCGGUGUAAAAUAAAUAAUAAUAGUCACAAUAUCAACUUCGUCACCACACUCGAUUUCGAAGGGUUUACCGAAAUACACGACCGUAUAGUGCUUACUACUUACUGUAGUAGCUUCAAAUAUCGUAGUGUACUAAUAAUAAUAAUCAAUAAUAAUUUAAAAAAAUAUACAAUAACAAUCAUUAUUAUUUAUUAGAAGCUUAAAAUAAAUAACUAUAAUUAUUGUCGUGCUAAUUAAAAUUCCGUCUUGUGCGUUCACUAUAUUACGUCAAAUCGUCGACACACUUACCUAAUUUUCAGUGGACGAAACCGUGGACCGACCCAAUAAUACGAGAGCUGUAAUAUUAUCAUGGCUGGAAGACGAUCGACGGAAUAUCACUAUAGUAAUUGUUUUCCCGACCUCGACAUUGUCCGCAGUAUGCAGCUGCACUGUCCGUACCUCUGCCGGCUCACAGCCGAGAGACUCUGCAAUAUUAUGACUUUCCCGAGCCCGCGUUCACGUUUAUACUUAAUAA